GAUGGCGCAGGCGCGUUGCUGGACUCCCAGCUCUGACUACAGAGCUUCACCGAGUCCGGACGGGCGGACGCACGGAGCGGCCGGCGGGGACGCGCGCGGGAUUCGGGCGGGCGAGCGGGCCGGCCGGGUGGCGGCGGAGGAGCGGGAGGCGCGAUGGCCGAGGGCAGCGCUGUGUCCGACCCUCAGCACGCCGCGCGCUUGCUGCGGGCGCUCAGCUCGUUCCGGGAGGAGGCGCGUUUCUGCGACGCGCACCUAGUCCUCGACGGCGAGGAGAUCCCCGUGCAGAAGAACAUCCUGGCGGCGGCCAGCCCGUACAUCAGGACAAAGUUAAACUAUAAUCCUCCAAAAGAUGACGGAUCCACUUAUAAGAUUGAACUUGAAGGGAUAUCGGUAAUGGUUAUGAGAGAGAUCCUGGAUUACAUCUUCAGUGGGCAGAUCAGGCUAAAUGAAGAUACGAUCCAGGAUGUCGUACAGGCGGCCGACCUGCUGCUGCUGACGGACCUUAAAACCUUGUGCUGUGAGUUCUUGGAGGGCUGCAUUGCCGCCGAGAACUGCAUCGGCAUCCGAGACUUUGCCCUGCACUAUUGUCUGCACCACGUGCACUACCUGGCCACCGAGUACCUGGAGACUCACUUCCGGGAUGUCAGCAGCACAGAGGAGUUCCUGGAGCUGAGUCCACAGAAGCUCAAAGAAGUGAUCUCUCUUGAGAAGCUGAAUGUUGGCAAUGAACGAUACGUGUUUGAGGCAGUGAUUCGGUGGAUAGCACAUGAUGUAGAGAUGAGAAAGGUCCACAUGAAGGACGUCAUGUCAGCACUGUGGGUUUCAGGGCUGGACUCCAGCUACCUUCGGGAGCAGAUGCUGAAUGAGCCCUUGGUACGAGAAAUCGUCAAAGAGUGCAGCAACAUCCCGCUCAGCCAGCCGCAGCAGGGGGAGGCCAUGCUGGCCAGCUUCAAGCCAAGGGGCUACUCAGAGUGCAUAGUGACCAUUGGAGGGGAAGAAAGAGUUUCACGGAAACCCACGGCCGCCAUGCGAUGUAUGUGCCCGCUCUACGACCCCAAUCGGCAGCUGUGGAUUGAACUGGCUCCUCUGAGCAUGCCAAGAAUUAACCACGGUGUUCUGUCAGCAGAAGGAUUUUUGUUUGUGUUGGGGGGCCAAGAUGAAAAUAAGCAGACACUGAGCUCGGGAGAGAAGUACGACCCAGACGCCAAUGCAUGGACCCCACUGCCACCCAUGAAUGAGGCGAGGCACAACUUUGGGAUCGUGGAGAUAGAUGGGAUGCUGUACAUCCUUGGAGGGGAGGAUGGCGACCGGGAGCUGAUCUCCAUGGAGUGUUAUGAUAUUUAUUCAAAAACCUGGACGAAGCAGCCCGACUUGACCAUGGUUAGAAAGAUUGGCUGCUAUGCAGCUAUGAAAAAGAAAAUCUAUGCCAUGGGUGGAGGAUCCUACGGAAAACUGUUUGAGUCUGUGGAGUGUUACGAUCCACGGACCCAGCAAUGGACUGCCAUAUGUCCCCUGAAAGAGAGAAGGUUUGGAGCAGUGGCCUGCGGUGUCGCCAUGGAGCUGUAUGUAUUUGGAGGAGUCAGGAGUCGAGAGGACAUCCAGGGCAGCGAGAUGGUCACCUGCAAGUCUGAGUUCUAUCAUGACGAGUUUAAGAGGUGGAUCUAUCUGAACGAUCAGAACCUGUGUAUCCCUGCCAGUUCAUCCUUCGUCUACGGAGCUGUCCCCAUCGGAGCCAGUAUUUAUGUUAUCGGAGACCUAGACACAGGUACCAACUAUGACUACGUGCGGGAGUUCAAGAGAAGCACGGGCACCUGGCACCAUACGAAGCCUCUCCUGCCCUCCGACCUCCGGCGCACAGGAUGCGCAGCCCUGCGCAUAGCCAACUGCAAGCUCUUCCGCCUGCAGCUGCAGCAAGGCUUGUUCCGCAUCCGGGUCCAUUCCCCUUGAAGAGGAAGAGGAGCCAAAAGCGAGAUCCCGCCCCAAGCGCAUCACGUGGCUGGACGUCAGCAAGCGCAGAGAAGUAGCCCCAUUUUGCUGUGUGCUGGGCUUCAGUAUGGUUACUCUUCGGUGGUUUUUUAAUGCUUAGAGGCUCAGGCUUCUGCUCUUGUUUGGAGACCGUGUAACUGUUGAAAAACUACCCGGGAGGAAUCAGUUCUCCAGCCUGAUGCGUCUGUAAACCGAGGCUAGAGAAUGUCAAAAGGAGGAGGGAGUGGGGGUUGGUAUCAUGUGAAAUAUCAAAGGUAAAACCCUAAGGUGCGUUUUCCCAGAAGGGGAGCUCUUAUCCGACCGACUGUGCGUUCCAGUGUGUGUGGCUGUGGUAAACAACAGAAUCCAUAUAUGCAAGCCAACAUGCCCGGGGUACACAGCUAUCCUCGUCCGGCCUGUGGAGGCUGCUAACGCCUAGCCUCACCCACCAAUUGAGGUUGCGCCAGUUAGUUCCCAUUUAUUACUAGCGCUCUGUCUUAAGACUCUUUAAAAAACUAAGUUGUGAUGAAUUGAAACUAAGGUAACACUCAUAAAACUAUUUAUCUUAGUAAAAAUUCAGUCACCCAAGGAGUUCAAGUCUGCAGCCAGCCCUUGUGUGAGCUUAAAGGAAUUGCUCUGUAAACGGUCCUGUGUCACACCAAGACAGUUCUGGGGUGGUGCUGUCAGACUGGGAGGGAACUUAGUCGUACCAUUUUUUUUCUUUCCACCAGGAAGAACAAAACCAUUUUCUAGCCACCAGGGCAUCAGUGCAGAGGAGACUUAAGACAGAGUCGGGCAAUGAUAGAGCUCUGUUGCAAAUAAAAACAGUGAAACAUUAAAAAAAAAGAAAAGAAAGAAAGGAAGAAAGAAAGAAAGAAAGAAAGAAAGAAAGAAAAGAAAGAAAGCUGUCCAGAUAACGUGCAUAGGGAUCAAAAAGCAUCUCCAUAUAAUCUGUCUGAAAGCACACUCCGUCCUGUUUACUGCUGCUUAGAGUUACAGACUUGUCUUUGAAUGCAGGUGUAUGUAGGAUCUUGUCUUUGUAACAGGCUGCUCGCAAUGCCCUUCACUGGUAGAAGUUUUGGAUGAAUUUCACUCCCAGAAAUGUUUGGCUGGUAGAAUAAACUACCUCAACUUAAUUUCAUUCUGUUCCCUCUAGCACCCUCUUUUCCCCUCCUUCCCCAUCACUCACCCCCACAUUCACGCAACUCUCCUCUUCCCAUUAGUAAAAAGAAUUCCUUAGUAAGUGGAAUUUAUCCUGUGAGAUAUUUUGUUCUCCAUUGAGAUUAUGCCACCUUGGUGUGAAAUCAGGGACUUGAGCACACUCUUAGUGUGAGCUGUAUGCAAUAUCAAGUUUCUAGUUAACUUGAUAGAGAGUUCCUCAUUUCUAAUUGUUCUCUUGAAGUUUCUUUCUCUUAGAUAUGGCACAAGAGGCAACAUUGUAUCUUAGUGAUUGCUAAAUGUAUAAGUACAUCCUUUGGUUAUAAAUUGGAGAGCAGGAAUUUCUUCUAGAAACUUCCUAUGUGAGAUGUUUAUAUGCAAUUAAAAUGCAUAUAAAACAUCAAUCCUAUUUUCCCACCCAUGGACCUGGAAAUGGGUGGCCGAUGCAUUUCCACCUACCCUGAGUCAUCAGCAUUAAAAAAAAAAAAAAAAAGUUGCUAAAAAGAGGCCAGGAUGAGUGUAAGAAGGACUGAGACUGGCUUUGUAACUCUGCUGUGGCCAGAAGCAACUUGGCAAGAGAAGGUCUAAGGAUUUUAUCCUUUGCAAUAGGGCAGAUGUGCCACACAUACAUGCCAUCCGAUCAAGUUCAAUGUCAGCCAAAGCCAGGCUUGGAUUGUGUUGCAUCAGCCACAUGGUGUGUUUCUGCAUUGGGAAGUUUUCCAUCAAAGAAGCUACUGCAGAAAAAGUACUUUCUGUUGUUGCUGAGAUGGUGGCUCUGUGAAAUACCUGCGCAGGACAGAGCCAUGACCUGCUGGAACAGAGAGAAACCGUUAUCCAGGACAGCUGUGGUACUGCUCUGUUUUGGUUGGUUGGUAUUUGUUCGUUUGUUGUUUUUAACUCCUGAAUUUAAAGUUCUUUUAAACCUGCUUCAGGCCUCUCCAAGGAGACAGUUUAGAGUGAUGGGUCUGAUAGCCAGUGCCUGUUGACUUGGUCAGCUCACUUUAAAAAAACAAACAAAAGAACAGGCUUUUCAAUUCAGUUUAUUGACACUGUAGCUGCAGAAAUUAAUAUUUCAUAAAAUAAAUUUGCAACUUAAUAUGGGAUGCAAUAUUAACAAAAGCUGCUAAGUGCCAAACUGUUAUUUUGUGUGUGUGUGUGUGUGUGUGUGUGUGUGUGUGUGUGUGUGUGUAUUAAAGAGUAGGGCUGUAUUUAAUUUUAUUUUGAUGUUUCAACGUCAGUCCUCUUCGUAGCUACUCCAGACUUUUAGUGUUAUGAACUGCUCCUAGCUCCCUUCAUGGAGUCUUGUUUUACUAGUCCAUCAGUGUCUUGGAGUCUGAGUGGUUCCUCCCUCCUGUGCUCUUUGACCAGAUAUAUGUUGCAUUUGGCAACUGAGGCUAGAUCUUAAAAUGUAAAACACAUACAUGUUUGGGGAAGUGCGAUUUCUUUUUCCUGGAAGGUGGUCUCUUAGACUACAGUAGGUGCAUCAAGGCACUCUCCUAGGCUAGAGGCUAAAGUAGGUUUGUUGUUUGUUUGUUUUUUGUUUUUCUGACAUAUCUAAACAUAGAUUUUUCAAAGAUAUAAGUGCUUAAUUUAAAAUGAAGUGUUUAUUUUUAAUCUCAAGAAUGUGUAUGCCCUGUGAGAAGAAAAAGUGUGACAGCUGUGUGUAUGCGUGCUGUCCCACGUGACUUGACAUGUCUGUCUGUAGAUGUUUACUUUUGAACUGUAGUCACAGGCUACAUGCACUACUGUCUCCUGGUGCUUCAGAUAAACCCUGGAAUCUGUUGACCUUCAGUCCCACGGCUGUGCCAGGCACAUGUUGCGUGUAAAAGUGGAACUGCCUGUUGACAGUGGUCAGUUUUGCUAGGUUUGCAUCUCUCUUCCUUAGCAGGGUUUAAAAUGCCAUAACCAGCUAGCAGGCGGCCCUGGAAAGGGCUGCUCUGGGGUUGGACAUGGCUGCUUUGAGGAGUCACGGCUGGACUUUUCAUACCACGCAGCAACCAAAAAGCCUGCAGGGCUGUGCCUGAAUCUUGUUUGUGCUGGAGCCAAGUGCUCUGUUACAUCUCAGUGCUGCUGAUGCUACUCUGAUCUCUAGUGGCUUGAAAGUGUCAUUUUAGUCUUUAUAAGUGGGAGGAGCUGCCCAUCGGCAGUGUCUCGGAAACGCAUUCUUUCUGUGGAGGUGGUGAUGUCCUCUAUGGAGGUAAGAAUGUUCUUGCCGUGGUAUAUAGGAGCCUGAUGCUGCCGGUCAGGUGUCUAGGGACACAGCUAGCUCUCCUUAGAGGCACUGCUUAGCCUCUCCUUCCCAGUGCACCACACCAGGGGUCCCAGAGGCCUCCAGAGAGUAUGAUAACUCUGCAGUGCUGUCUUCCAGAAAGCUGGCUUUCCUGCUUGCACAGUCCUCCUGUGACCUGGUGAAGGCAUUGGGUGCUCUGGGAAGGAGUGAGGUGACUUUCACUGUAAGUACUUCGAGGCACCAGAACUGCCUGAGAAGCACCCAGUGGGAAGAGCAAGACUUCUUUCUUACAGUUUCAUUGCGUUAGCCGAGAGAGCACUGAGGAAGCCAGAGAUGGUGAGGCGUGACAGGCCUGCCCUGAGACACACAGCAAAUACUGAGUGCCUCCCAAGAAUUGUGCUUGUAUUUCUGGGAACCGCACAAGGAAGCAGUUGGGACACAGCCCUCCCUCUCCACCUUACGAAGUAAGUGGAGCUUGAGUGAGGACCCUAUGUUGUAUGAGCUGACCUGGGUGCAAAUAAGCAUUGGGCCACGGCAUCCCAACCUUCACUGUGAUGCUUUUCACUGGCCAGAGGGCUCCCAUCAGUUCUGCUGGAUUUUAUAUGGGAAGCGGUGUGCGCGGGUGGGCUGGCCUGUAGAGCAAGGACCUAGGACAGAAUCAAACAUUCCAAGUGCCUCAUGUACCCAGCUUACGCCUGUGUCUCCUAAGUGCAUCUGUAGGAUAGUUGAAGCCCUGCGCCCAGCACACCUCAUAAUACCCAUCUUGUUAACAUUAGCUUGAUUUACUAUGUCAUAUCUGGGCUCAGAAUCUUUUCCAGAAGUUUCUGCUUUGAUCCUUUCAUGUCUGAGGUGGGUGGGGAUGCUCUCCUCCUCCUAUGAGGAGGCCUUUGAGUGACCAGGGGUCAUCCAGCCGAUUCAACAGGAGCUUGAUUUUUCUUGGCACAAAGGUGUUUUUAUUUCUAAAAUGUGCAUCAUUUGUAGUAUGGUUUCAUCUUCCAGACUGAGCCCUUCCAGCUGAAGAAAUUGGAAAACCUUUGCUUCUCCCACAGUGGCUGUGAGAAGUCUCGGGCUUUACUGGGUGUCUUCUGGAAGCAAGGCAGAGUUUGCUUAUAAAGCUAAGACUUUAUUGAAUUUGCCCCAUGUAGUCAGAGGGGAGGAAAGCCGCCUUAACGUGCUGAGGGGUCUUCCUGCCUUUUGAAGAGUCCCCAAAGACCCCUUGCAGCUUCUCUAGCUGGACACAUACAGUUAUAGGGCAGGCAUGAGAGCGAGCCCAUCAGCCAGACUGGAGAGGAGCCUGACAUGGAUGUCUCACCCUUGCUGCCAGUAAAGUCAGGAUGGAGCUGAACUGUAGGCUCUUCUACAUCGCUUGCAACUGUGAGGUGGUUCUGCCUUCUGCCUGGUGAGUCCUGUUCCUGCUUUUUUUAAAUGGCACUUUAAACCUGGAGGAGCAGUAAUUCUUCUGGGGCUACUUACAAGGCGAUUACUUGAAACUCAACGUGUACUUGAAAGAGUCACUUAAAAGGCUGUGUUUUGCUGUAGCGGGAAAGUAGCAUAUUCACACAGCACGGCUCUGUAAAAUAGAGGGCUCAGUUUCUGUCCCUGUCGGGAUCAGAGAAGAAGCGUGUGUCUGUGAUUUGACACAGUGUUUGGAACUUAGAUGCUUGAGGCUGCCAUUUCUUGAAAUGUGCCGCUGUUUCCUGGGAGCUUUUCCUGGCUCCUUACCACAUUCGCUUCCCUUCGGUCCUGGGACUCCAGACAUCAGAAUGAAGCAGGUGUUUUCCAGGUUCAAAACUGAGGUUGGCCCAACAACCUCGAAUCACAUUCUUCCUAAAAUCAUGACUGGUCUGAUUUGUCACUUUCGUCAGGGACCUCUCCUGUGCUUGACCCUGCGUAUCCAUUCUCCAUAUCACCAGUAGCUGGACCUCAGUGCCCUAGCCUCUGGUCUCCCCCAGUCCCCAAGUCAGAAUGGUGCAGUUGAGGGAGCCCAGCAACUGGAGACACUGUCCCGUGGGUUAGGGUUCUCAUGGGAGCAGCCAUUUCUCAGGUCACAGUUGGACCUGGCACAUUUAACUAGAAGACUUGAGUGACCAUAGUACUCCAAAGAACCCUGUGCCCCUCUCAGAUCCAGCCCUCCCCUCACAGCCCUGCAUGCUUAGAGUAACUAGAGUACAUCAUGCAAUGAGAUGAUUGGGUUUGUGUGCUGAUGCUUUUUAGAGUUGGCCCAAGAGAACAAAUCCUCCCUUCCUGCUUAGGCCCCAAAUCAUGGUUUCAGAGUCUAGGAAAUGACCCAGGACACAAAUGGGUCCAGUGGUCAAGAGCAUGGGCUCUGGAGUUAGAGAAUCUGGAAUUAAAGACUUGUAUUCCUUUAUUCUAGUCUCAAGGCUCAGCGGGGUUUCCCUACGGAGGGAGGGCAGGGUGGGUAUUGGCCCUCCUAAAGAAAGGUGACUGUGGAGCCUGGGGUGCUGCAGUACACCUCAUUGGUCAUGUCAUCUAUCCGCAAAGAUAGUGCUGGGACACUGGGCCAGUAGGGGUCUGCUUGGAGCUGAAUGUCCUGGCUCCUGUCAUUGCUCAUCCCAAUGACUGCCACCACCUUAGAUACCAAUCAGCACCUGUUUGUCCUUACAAAACUCUUCUUGUUAUGGACACAUGCCUCCCCUCACUUCCAGCAGCAAUGGUAUCAAGACAUGCGCUUGCAGUGUUCAAGAAUUACAGUCAAGCCAGGUUGCUGACAUGCCUUUAGUCCCAGCACUUGGACACAGAGGCAGAUGGAUCUCUGUGAGUUCGAGGCCAGUCUAGUCUACAUAGCAAGCACCAGGACAGCUAGAACUACGUAGAGAAACCCUAUCGCAGGAAAAAAAAAAAAUAUUGGUCAGCUGCCCUCUUUUCAGAGCUUGCCUAAUGGAGUCCUCUAAGGAUCUUUAAAGUCCUUUACCAAGGUAGAACUUUUCUUUUUCACCAGAAUAUCAAAUUUUGUGGUCCAGAUUGACCAAAUCAACUAUGUGUUUUCUAUAUCUUCUGCUUCUUUAACUUGGAAACUGUUCCCCUGUGUCCAUGUGGUGAAGGCCAUGCCGACAGCCUGGAGGUUCUAGGCAGGUGUGCAGUGUGAGGCCUGAGCAGCCUGGGACCGUCUAGCCUCGUAGUAGGAAAUUAGCCGUUAAUCAGGCCCUAUAAAGGCCUGUAGGCUCCAGCCUGCUGGUAGGCAUAUAAAGGAGGUGUGUGCAUUCCAGGUUACACCAGUAAACAGUUUAGGUAGAAUUACAGAAUUGCAUUGCCUUGCUUAUUUAUUUUAUGUAAUAAUUUAUUAUUAUUAUUAUUAUUUUAAUGUUUUGAGACAAGGUCUUAAUGCCCUCUGCCUCUGCCUUCCAAGUGCUAGGAUUGUUCUUCUGUCAUCUUUAGACCCAUCAGGUAGAACAGCCUUGGGGUAACAGGGUGCCUUCUGCAGUACCGAGUAUUGUUUCUGCCAACUAUCCGGGGACCUGCUGCAGGCAGGACAGUUGGCAUGGUGCUCUGCCCUGCAUCCAGAGCUCUUGGCAGCCAGGGGCUUCUCUUCAGGACUGUUACUUAGUUUAAAAAAAAAAAAAGUCAUUCAGUGGGUUUUGUGAAGUAGUCCUGUGUACCUUCUAUAUUUUGCCUUAUUCUCUUGCCCUCCAUUCUGCUUGUCAUCACUUUGGUCCUUUGACUGUGGCCAUUGGCCACCAGCCACCAUGGCAGUCCCUUCAACCAGAGUGCUCAUGGUCCAACUUUCCAUAAUAGUCUUUUAUUUCCAGAGAUUUCUUCAAGCCAUAAUACCCACCAGAAGUGUGAUUUUCGGUUGCUACACAUUGUCUUUUAAGGUCUUUGCUGCCUACUCUGCCUUACACUGGGAAAUGACAGUCUUGCCUUCCAAGCUGGGCUGGCUGCCCAGGAAAGUGCUUGGUGAGCUCAGCCAGCUUCCCCUGGGAGCUGGCAUGGUUCUUUGUUAGCUCUUGUGAAACACUCCUGGGGACCCCAUUCUUGUGUUCCUAUUCUGUCUCUCCUCUGGUGAAAGCUUUCCAUAGAGCCCCUCAGCCAUUCACUUCAACCCUGUCUAGAAAUGGAAAGGAACCUUGUGGUCAUGAGGGAGCAGCCUCAUUGGCGAGAUCAGCCCCUAGUUCCCCUCCCCAUCCUCAGCGUGCCAAGCUGUCUUCAUAGCCCCUGGUGGCCACCCAGAUGCCGCUGGGAGGAUUCUGAGAACAGGGCCCUUCCCCCAGCCCUCCAGGAGGAAGAUGUUGGUUCUCUUUACCAGAGCAUUCUCAUUUGCACUCUCUGUUGUUUUUCAAACCUCCCACACUUCUCCCCACCUGGUUUCCUAGUUGCUUGAAUUGUGUCGCAAAGAAGAAAGGAAAGGAAGGCCAGCAAGAUGGUUUAACAGGAAAAGCCUGAUGACCUGAGUUUUAAUUCCCAGGAAUCAUGUGGUAGAAAGAGAGAACUGAUUCCCACAAGUUGUCCUCUGGCCUACAUACUCACAUAUACACAUCAGUAGGUAAAUGUAAAAAGAGAAUUAUGACAGGCAGUGGUGGCGUACACCUUUAAUCCCAGUAGUUGGAGACCAGAGGCAGGUGGAUCUCUGAGUUCGAGGCCAGCCUGGUAUACACAGUGAGUUCCAGGACAGCCAGGGCUACACAGAGAAACCCUGUCUCAGAAAAGAAGGAAAAUUAGAAAAAGGAAAGGAAGGAGAGAGCUGUAACUCUUGCUGCUCCCUGGACCACCAAGCCUGGGAGCAGCAGCCUAUGCAGAAGAUGUGCCUUCUUAGCCCCUGAUCAUGCCUUUGUGCUGGCACUUUCUGCCAGCCAGCCCUGGCAAGUGAGACAAACACCUGCCUGCCAGUCCCAGCAGCUUCCAGGUCAGCACCCUGCAUAGCCCAAACCCGUCUCCAGCCUCAAGCUACUGGAGAAAAGAACUCCUGUUCCACCUCCCAGCAGGAGCUCUCUCUGAGUCGGGCCAGCACCAGGCCACACAUACUACCUCAGCAUCUAACAUCUGUCACAGCGUUGUGUGGUCACAGAUUGUCCAUCAAGACGUGCUCAGAGCCUAGGUGGCCUCACACACCCUCGCUCUGUACUUGCCCCGCAAACACUAUGGGAUUCCUUCCUGCAUCCUAUGGCAUGCUCAGGUGAGCAAGCCAGACUUCCAUCUCCUCCUGUCUUAUUUAGCUCUAACUUAAAUACACCAUGAAUCCCAAACUGUGAGUAGAGUCAGAAAUGGGAAUAGCUUGCAAUGAGAAAGGGACCAGUUUUUCAUAUUUUCAUCACAAGGGUUUUUGCUUCAAGAGAAUCUCUAGAAAAUAUCUAUAUGAUGAUGAUGAUCAGGGUGAUGAGGAUUGUGGUGGUCACAAAUUGUAACCUAGAGUAACUCACUGGACUUGACUGCCAUCCCUGUGAAAACAGCAAUCAGCAGUGGAGAGCUAGAGAGAUGGCUCAGCAGUCAGGAGUGCUUACUGCUCUUGCAGAGGACCUGAGUCCACCAGCAUUCACAUGGAGGCUCACAGCUGCAUAUAAACUAUACCCUCUUCUGACGUCCUCAAGCACUCAGACACACAUAGCACACACAACGCAUAAAUAAAAGCAGAUAAAUAUAAGUAAUGUAGAAACGAACCCAGAGCAAAAGUAUCCUCAGACUUAAAGAUAACUAAGCCUUCACUCUAUCUGUCAUAUAACAGCUUCCUCUAGAUGGCACCUUAAAGUUCAGCUUUCUUAUUUGGAGGUCAUCUAAAUUUCAUGACCUGAAGAACUUUGUACUACCAAGUGGCCUUCAGUGGAGAAAAAUAGAAAAGAUAUCAGGUGUGGUGGCACACACAUCUAAUUCCAGCACUCAUGAGGCAGAGAGAGGCAUGCAGAUCUCUGAGUUCAGGCUAGCCUGGUCUACAGAGCAAGUUCCAGGAUAACCAAAGCUACACAGAGAAAUGCUGCCUGGGUAAAACAAACAAAAACUAACAACUAACUAAAUACAUAGAAAAGAAAGGAAAGCACAAGCUGUCUAGCAAAGCUUGCUUAAUUCGGUAACCAGUGACUUUUUCUGCCCGUGGGGUUUUUUUCAUUUUGAACCCACUCUGAACCCAGCUUCCGUUUGUAUUCUCCCUCCUGUAAAUUCCAUGUCAACAGCGGCAUGGACCACGUUGUCCCACUUGUAAAUUGUGACAGCCACAAACAAAGAUGGUGGCUUCAGUGGAAGUGCUGAGCAGACUUCUCAGUGGUCCCAUGGUUCAUGCCCCCAGGCCUAGGAGGCCCCAGCCUGCAGACAUUGCCCGACACUCACUCCUUGGCAGCUGCAGGCAUAGCCCCGGCAGAGCUGUCCGCAGCAAUCAGGCAUUUGUUUCCAUCUGUAAGUGAAGUCUGCCCACAACACAGUGAACAUGGCAGUUUGUUGGUAUCCUGUCACUAGCAUCUACUGCUGGGACAGAAAACUGUCAAAGAAACCCAUUGAAAAGAGAAUGUAGCCUGGCUGUGGUCCCGCACACCUUUAAUCCCUGCACUGGGGAGGCAGAGGUCGGUGGAUCUCUGAGAGUUCAAGACCAAUCUGGUCUACAGAGCUAGUUCCAGGAAAGUCAGGACAACACAGAGAAACCUUGUCUGGGGGUGGGUGUGGGGGGAUAAAUAAAAUCCAUCAUGUCAAGACAUAAAUCUGUCUCAUUAACAUAUCUGUAUUUCAUAGCAUGGUACCUAGGGAACAGCUUUUCAUUUAAAUCCUGCAGCUUUAGCAAUUGAGUGAGGUUCCCAGAUGGAGGACGCCUGGGCUGCACUCAUGAGGCUAACCUGAGUGGGGUCUGGCCGAACCGUCUGUGCACAGUGCUCCCGCCGAGAAACAGGCAUUUGCAAUGGGCACACACAAAUGGAGCAAAAGUCAUUGUCUGAAGAGUGUAAAAUAGUUGAGGGGCCACACUAUCCAAAUUCAGUAGAAAAGUAGAGAACUUGUGAAUUUCCUUGUGGUGUCCCUGUCUCCUGCUUUGUGGGCCAAAUGUAUCUGUUGGGUGGAGUAACUGGUUUUCUCUUCCUUUGCUGGUGUCCGUAGCAAAGUCAGAAAUCAUUUUUUUUUAUUUGUAACCUUUCUUACAAAGUUACUUUAUGGUUUACAAGCAACACUGAUGCAGAAGGAUACGUUAAUUUUCUUAAAUUAAGUAGCAGCACUUUGUUUACAGAGCUUGGAUCUUUUAGGUGAUCGUGGGGUUGUGUCCCUCAUCCCCAGCACUAGACCAGUGAGUGUCCUGCGGAAAUACCGCCACUGUCCUGUUCUCUCGUACCAAGGAUCAUUGAAAGUGUUUUAUCUUUUUUACGUAGUUUGUAUUGAUUGGAUUUUAUAAUGGUAAGAAAACAGAGUGUUGUAUUUUGAGCUGAAAUUUGUGUAUUGUCAAGUAAUUCUGUUUUGUGUAUUGGAAGUUCGUUUACAACUUGAACUAUUUUUUAGAAGAAUGCUGAACAAAAUGAAUUGUCUUCAAGCUGUUUCAUUAACCUAAUAAAAUUUGAU